AUGGCCAACGCAUCGCAAAACCGCCGCUCCCAACCGCCGCCGCCGCCCGUGCCGUCGCAAAUGUCGCCCUACAUGGGCGAGACCCAGGACGAAUGGAGCCCGGCCUCCAGAGAAGCCGCGAACGGGGGCGCCGGCGGCUACUCCCGCCGCCGCACAGAGCGCCACGCCCGCCGCCAGUCCUCCUCCUCCGGCGGCGCCCGCGCCCCGGGAUCCUCGGACCUGCCCUCCUCCUCCGUCUCCCACAUCAACGGCAGCGGCGGCGGGUCGCCCCGCGUCUCGUCGCAGCAGCCGCAGCAGCAGCAGGAGGUCCCGAACCCAGGCAGCGGCGGCGGCCUCCGCCCGCCCACCCCGCCCGGAGGCGGCCCCCUCGGCGACGAGAUCAGCCGCAUCCAGAGCCCCAGCAUCUCCAAGAGCGUGCUCGAGCCGCUGCAGCGCAAGAUGCUCCAGUACCACACCCUCAUGGAGGACGCCCAGGGCCAGAUGGCCCAGCUCGACGAGGAGCUGCGCGCGCUGCAGGACCGCCGCCUCCUCGCCGAGCAGCGCUUCAUCGACGCCAAGGCCAAGCACGACGAGUACGAGCGCCAGCACCUCGACGUCGAGCGCGCCCUGCGCGGCGACUUCCCCCCUCCGCCGCCACCGCCUCAGAUGCAACAACAGCAGCACCAGCAGCAGCACAUGUACAACGGAAACAGCCCGCCGAGAACCGCACCCCGGCCGGCCUCGAGCAUCAUCAGCUACGACGAGCGGCCGAUGAGCGGGCACAGCUCGGUCCCCAGAAAGGGAAAGCUGCGGUUCAGCCUCUUUGGGAGGUAUUUGGGCUUUGGCACACGGGACAGGGCAAAUAUGCGCGAAAGACAAAAACACCACGACGGGACGGGGGGGUGGUGUAUGUAA